AUGAAUCGAAUCGGUGAUGCUACAAAAGUUUUGGAUAGACUUAGAAGCAAAGGGUUUUCUCCAGAUACUGUGACUUACGACAUAAUGAUUGGUACUUUGUGUAGUAGAUGGAAACUUGAUCUUGCUAUGAAGGUUUUUAGAUCAGUUGUUAACAGAUCAUUGCUUACUUACACGAUUUUGAUCGAAGCGACGAUGCUCGAAGGCGGAGUUGAUGAAGCAUUGAAGCUUUUGGAUGAGAUGUUGUCUAGAGGGUUAAAACCUGAUAUGUUUACUUAUAACACAGUCAUAAGAGGAAUGUGUAAAGAAGGGAUGGUGGAUCGCGCGUUUGGAAUUGAGAGGUUGUGA